AUGCCCGUGACAGUCAGGCUAUCGUCACGGAUAGCCGAGAGCUGGGGUAAGCAGGGCCAGCUCCACGGCAGCGGCAGGUACGUUCAGGCAACAUCCCCAGAACAGCUGCUGUCGAGCACGACGAGCAAUGACGACGACGACGCCGCCGCCGCGGGCGUUGUCUCGGGUUUCGAUGGGAGCCGGCGGGGGAGAGGCGGCCGUGACAGCGGUAGCCCGCGAGCCAUGUCCCGGCGCACCGUCUUUGACAGCUCCUUCGCCGACCGACUCGACCGGCGGACCUCGACCACGUUCGCGACAAAAAACGGUCUCGUGCACGCCUGCAUCGAGGCCUACAACGAGCACCACAACUUGGUGCUGCGGCCCGACGACGUGUGGUUCGCGAUCCUAACCCAGCUCAGCGCCUACGUCAACGCCAACGCUGCGGACCUGCGCUCGAACCUAGUCGGGCAGCACGAGACAUCGCCCCAGCAGCAGCAGAACCACCUCCACAUCGACGCCGACGUCUCAGCUCCAAACUUCGACCACGGGGCCGUGGUCUCGCAGAUGGGCCAGCUGCUCGGCACGCGCGUACGCGACCCGGCGCUGCGCGACUGGAUCCUGCCGGCCUUCAGCACUACGCGUGCGACAGAUCAGGCCGUCGCGAGCAUCAUCUUCAUGGGCACGAUGCAAAAGUACUUCACAUACAGCUGGGGGACGCGGUGCGGCAUCCCAGCCGUCACACUGCUGGGCGACGCCGCCGACUGGGACGAGAUUGCCCGCCGCUGCGAGAGCCGGCUCUCCUUCCCGUCUUCAGACUUCGGCCCCGGCCCCGCCGAGUGGUACCGCCGCGUGCUGCGGCCUGUACUAACCAACCUGGCGGGCUCGUUCCGCGACCCCGAUGGGCCUGCCGCGCGCCGCUUCUGGGCCGCCAUCGUCGACCAGCACCGCCCUAACGGCAGCGGCCGCGUUACGUACUCGGGCUGGAUUACGGCCUUCUGCUACUGGGACGAGGCCGGCCGCUGCCUCCAUCCUCCCCUCCAUCCUUCGUCGGGCUCGCCAGCCGGAGCAGGCGGCGGCGUUGUGAGCAUCUCGAGGAGCGACGUGCCCGUCGGCUUCGCCAAGGUCCCCGUCACGCUGCUUGACGGUGGCGCCCGCAUCCCCGUCGAGCUGCUCGCCGGGUCCUUGGCUAUGCGCGUCACGCGAUCCGGAAGGACUGGCCGCGUAGAUCGUGGUCAAUAG